CCGCCGGACGCAGGAAGGGGCUUGGCCAGUCGCACGUCGCGUGGUGACGCCAUCACGCUGUGCUGCAGUACGACGUGGCUUUUCUGUCGGAGUGACUGGUAACGGCCGGCAGCCAUGGAUCAGGUAAUGCAAUUUGUGGAACCCAGCCGUCAGUUUGUAAAAGACUCCAUACGACUGGUUAAAAGGUGCACUAAGCCUGACAGGAAAGAAUUCCAGAAGAUUGCAAUGGCAACAGCAAUAGGCUUUGCAAUAAUGGGAUUUAUUGGCUUCUUUGUCAAGUUGAUCCAUAUCCCAAUCAACAACAUUAUUGUAGGCGGCUGACUGCUCAUCAUGAAGAAUGACACAUUGUGACAUUUGCUGCAAAAAUUUCAGGAGUGUGUAACUUGUUUGCUAUUAAACAGCUUUGGGUUUGCAAACCUA